GAUGGGUUUUUUUGUAAUUUGAUAUUACCUUAGAAUUGGCGGUAAUUUAACCUAUUAUGAAAAUUAAAGGAAAAAAAAAAGGAAAAAGCCAAAUGUUUUUUGUGUGUGGGAGAUUAAUAGUUAGUAUAAUUCAAGUGGUGCAAAAAAGCAAACUCUUUUCCCACACACACUAAAACACACACACAGAUACACACACAGAUACACACACGAUCUGAAGAGCACUUUUGGGCAAUACAAAUUGAGACCCAUCUCCUCACUUAUCCCUCGUUCAAUCCUCUCUCCACUUCUCUCUCUCUCUCUUACUUUCUCUCUCUAGAAAUUCAAGACAAAGCAAAGAACUAUACACGUACAAAAAUUAAUCCUCAAAAAACCAUGUCAACUAUUACUUGCCAAAAGAUUGUUUCUUGUAAUUUCGAAGCCCAGCUCACAGAAACAACCACCACCCUAAAACUCAAAGUGGCGGCGCCGCCGCCGCCACCGCCGCCAGCGAAUAUUGAUUUCUGCAACUGGGGUUUUCUCCAAACAGCCCCUAAUGAUUAUAAAGAGAGCUGCUGCUACACACACCCUUUGUCGAAGAAGUCGUCGUUUUCGCUGGAACUGUGCACGGAGAAUUUAGGGAGCGAAACGGGGACUGAUAUAAUCACCGACGGUAGCAGCAUUUUCCUGUCACCGUCAAGCACGACAGAAAUCAUUAGUCCGAUUUUUUCCGACAAAAGCGGCGGCGUGUCAGAUGAUGAUUGCUGCAGACGGACGACGACGGCGGUUGUUGUGAAGAAAGCGAGUUUCCGGGAAACGAGGAAUUUCCCACCGCCGCUGUCGACGAUGAGCUCGAUGCAAGUGCGCCGCCGCAGAUCAGACGGCGGGAGGCUGAUCAUUGAGGCGGUGGAGGCGCCGUUCAGGAACUCUUAUCUGCAGGCGGAGAGGAGUGACGGCAGACUCCGUCUUUGCUUCUUGACUGCAGGCCCCGAUCACAGGGUGGCGGAGACAACAACAACCACCACCACCACCACCACCUCCGCCGCCGCCGGAGAAGAAGAGCAAGAGGAAGAAAAAAGAAACGGCUGCGGCGGAGAAACGGCGGCGGCGGCGGCGGUGGAAGAGGAGGCGGUGGUAAGUAAAAACGAAGUAGCUGAAUCGACGAAGAAGAAAGAAGAAUUUGAAAUGGAAAUGGAGAAAUAUCAGAGGCGGAGUAGAUGCAAAGAAAGUGGGCACGGAAAUAAUAAAGGAUUUUGCAGUAACUGGAAACCUGCUCUCUGGGUUGCCACGUCAUAAUUUAUUUUCUCCAUUUUUUUUAUUAUUUUUCUCCAAUUUUAAUUUUUUUUAUUAAUCUUUUUUAAUUUCUAAUUUUUAUUGGGGGUGGAUCGAUUUGGUUUUAGAAAUUGUUGUCUACUACAUCGAAUUGAAGUUUUGCACAUUUCAAGUGUGCAUGUUUUUACCAUCCAUAAA